AUGAGCAACGCAAGCAGCAGCAGCUCCGAUGACGAGCGGGAUUUUUUCAGUCACCUACAGAGCGACGACUUGUUUGAAGAUACUGAGACCCAGCAGGCGAAACGUCGCACAGCCGAGCAAUAUGUGGAGCAGUAUGCCGAAAGGGACUGGGGACUAGCAGCUAGACAACGGCGUGUACAGGGUGCAGGUGAAGACGUGGUGACGGAAAACACUCUGGAGCUCUGCACUGGCAAGAAAGUCGUCUUCCAAGAGAAGCAGGGCCAGCAAGCUAAAGUCUGGGACUGCGCUUUGGUGCUGGCCAAGUUUCUAGCAAAUGAGGCGUACUUCCCGCGAGAUUUUUUCGUCAACGACCGCGUGAUUGAAUUGGGCUGUGGCAUUGGCGUGCCUGGCUUGGCAGCAGCUGCACUACACGCCAAGGAGGUGCUUCUUACCGACAUGCCUAUGGCCAUUCCCUGGAUUGAAGCCAACAUCGAACGGAACCAGACACUUAGUUGCAUCACCAGCAACGUCCGUGCUCAAGGACUAAUGUGGGGCGAGCACGAGGCAAUGGAGCUGCACCAGAGUUUCGACGUCAUUUUGUGCUCCGACCUCGUAUACGGUCAUCACGAGACCUCGCAAAAGUUGGUAGAGACCAUUGUGCAUUUGUCACACUCCGAUACGCUCAUAGUUUCCGCCCACGAAGCCCGAUUUGCGGGCGAUCAAGGCGAGUCCUUCUUCUCGCUAUUGUCCAAACACCGUUUCCAAGUCGAAUCAGUGCCUCGAGACCGUCUCGAUGGUGUCUACCGCGCCUCGAACAUGCACGUGCAUCUGAUUCGUCCUCCACUGAACAAUGACUAG